AUGCCGCUCUGUCUCACUUUCAUCGACUUGAAGAAGGCCUUUGACUCAGUUGAGACGGAAGCGGUCGUGGAAGCCUUGGACAACCAAGGCGUUCCCACUCAGUACAUAAAGGUGCUUCGAGAGUUGUACAGUAACUUCACGACCGGAAUCUCGCCAUUCUACAAGAAUAUCAUCAUUGACGUGAAGAGGGGGGUUCGACAGGGUGAUACAAUCUCACCCAAAAUAUUCACAGCCACCCUCGAGAACGCAAUGCGAAAGUUGGAAUGGGACGACAUGGGAGUGAAGAUCGAUGGUCGGCAGCUACACCAUUUGCGCUUUGCUGAUGACAUCGUACUGAUAACACCUAGCAUCAGCCAAGCGGAACGAAUGCUGACCGAAUUCGCCGAAACAUGUGGAUGCAUCGGUCUUGAGCUGAAUCUUCAAAAGACGAUGUUCAUGCGGAACGGAUGGAUCUCGGAUGCCCCAUUCACGCUCAACGGAACGAACAUAUCCGAAUGCACCAGCUACGUCUAUCUGGGUCGGGAAUUGAACAUGAUGAACGACCUGGCCCCCGAGCUGGGCAGGAGGAGAAGAGCGGCUUGGGGAGCGUACAAGAGCAUCGAGGACGUAGUGAAGAAGACCAAGAACACCCGGCUCCGUGCUCACCUCUUCAACACCACCGUACUUCCUGCUUUGACCUAUGCCUCAGAAACCUGGGCACUUCGCAAGCAGGAAGAAAACGCGGUGAGCGUCAUUGAACGCGCAAUUGAGAGAGUGAUGCUAGGAGUAUCCCGUUUCAAGCAAGUGAGAGACGGGAUUCGAAGUUCUCUCCUACGUCAGCGAUCGAAGAUCAGAGACGCCGCCGCGUUUGCCAAGGAAAGUAAAAUAAGGUGGGCCGGACACGUGAUGCGCUUUAACGACAACCGUUGGACCAGAGCCGUGAGCGACUGGAUUCCCCGCGAUAUUAAGCGCAAUACAGGAAGACCGCCGACCCGAUGGUCAGAUUUCUUCACGAAGUCCUUCAAAGAAAAUUACGAUGCUCUUCGUGUCCCACGCGAAAGGAGGAACCACUGGGCUACUCUGGCACGCGACCGGGACAAAUGGAAGAAUUACUGGCGCCCGCUCGACCGGUUCGAAGACCAACGGGAGUCAAGGUGA